UUCCGACCGACGUCGAUGGAGCAUGUCGAUCGCAUCGGACAUAUCCUCCGUCGGGCCGAGAAGGCGCAUGGCCGGACGGACCUGACGCUUCUGCAAGUGUUGGAGGCUGCCGAGCAUUCGCAGCAGCCGCACCUGUCCCGACGCGUGCAACAGCUCGUGCUCACGUUGUCCAUGGAUCCAGAGCCGAACUGGUGGAAGAAGUUGGCGCGUCAUGUCUCGAGAGUACAGUCCAUGCAAGGAACAAUGUCGUCCCCCACGGCGACCGAUCGCUUCUUGGACGUCAUGGCGUCGCCACACCAUCGUCGCGACGAGCUCAAGCAAUCCAGAACUCAAGUUGCCGUCCCCGUAGACCACCCCAAUCACCAUCACGUUCAUGUGUUUCGAGUGUUGGCAAGUGCGUUUGAAGGCUGGGCCAAGGUGGCCAAGAACCUGCGCGCCACCCGCCAUCGACAAUUACAAGCGUCUUCUCCCCCACACCACCAACAACCACGACGAGGAUUGCCUCCGGUGCAAUUCAAAGCGUUGGUGCGAUGGCUCCAGCUCGUGUGGCCAGCCUCCGACGAUGAAACCCAAAUGAACCUCAGCCAUUCAUUUCACGGGCGCAAUCGAGCGAUCCAAUUGGCGUCGGACCGAUUGCUCCGGCGCUGGACACUGACCAAAGUGUGGCGUGGGUGGAUGCAUGACGUUGCACGCUGUACGCUUCGCAACGUCGACGUCCAACGGAGGUGGCAUCGAGCAACCCUUCGGCGUCGUCGGAGCUGUUUCCUGGCGUGGCGCCUGUGGGCCAUCCAUUUUGGCCCCAAACGCCGGCAACUUCAAACUGCCCACGCGCAUGUCGUGACGCGACGGACGUGGCAGCGAUGGCUACAAGCGUUGGAGCAUGCGUACACCUGUCGCAAGCAACAACACGUGGCCCUUUGUCGGGUCUUGCGAUCGUGGGGACAGUUUGUAGGUCAACGUCACCGUCAGCGGCUCGGCUUGGAACGCACGACAACCAACCGUUCGCGUCGGGUGCUUCUUGAGGCGUGGCGGCAGUGGCAACACACUAGCAGCACCCAACGACAAGGACGGGAACUUGCCGUACGGUGUGACGCUGUAGCCAUGCACCAUGCAACGGCCCGCGGUGUCGCACAGUGGCGCCGGUGGUUUGCGACUCGCCAACACCACCACAUCGUGACCGCCACCGUGCUUCAACACGUCCAUCGCACCAUGACGCGCACGACGUGGCGGGUCUGGUCGGCAUAUGUAGCCGUGCGUCGUCGGGUGCAGAUGCUUCAGACGACACUGCCGCGACUGUUCACCGCAGCGCUGCAUGGUCACUACCUGCAUACGUGGCGCUACUGUGCCAAGCAGUCGGCGCAAGAAGCCAAGACUGUGACGGCGGCCGUGCAGUUUCGCCGCCGAGCGCGGUUCUGGCGUGAGUGGAAGCAACGCAAACUCAUCGCUGCCGUCGUCCACACGUUCCGCACCCAGAUGAAGCACCACGUCCGACGAAUGGCCUUUUGUGUGUGGCUGCAAUACGUCGACGAAAACCGGUGCACUCAUCGCAUGCUGGAGUCCCAGUGGGCUCACCGGAACUCGCGCCAGGUUGCUCGAGCGUUUGCCGGAUGGUACCAGCACUGGCGUCGCCGCACUGGACUCCACACAGCAGUGCGUGUCCUGGCUGGUAGACGACUCACGACCUUGUUGCGCUCAUGGCGUGAGCUUACUCGCCACCGUCGCCAUAUCCGCCUUCAUGUGUUCGUCCACGGCCUAGCGCUUCACUCUCUUCUUGGCACUCGGAGGUGGUGGACAGUGUGGAACUCUGAGUACAACAAGCUCAAGACAGUUGAGUCGCAUUGCCAACAGCGCCUGCUCCGUCGCGUCGACGGCAUUUUCACCGUAUGGCGUCAAUAUGCAAGAAAACAUCGCUCGUGGCGAGCUGCCGUGUCGACGAUGCGGCGCUCGACUUUGACUUCGACAACGCGACGCCUUUUACGGCUUUGGAGUGGAGUGACCAAGGCUGGUCGGGCGGUCCGGCGGGUGUUGGCCCAACACACCGACGGUCGCAAUCGGCGCAGGACACACCGCGUGUGGCGCCAGUGGGUGGCCAGAGUGAUCGCGAGGACAUCGAUGCGGUGCAAGUUGCUGGCGGCCAUGACGUGGCAGCACGAGCGUUGCCUUGGCACGACAUUCGCAGGAUGGCGGCGCGUGCUCCACACCCAGAAGCACCUCCGCGCGAAAAGUCGGCUGGUAUGUCAAACAUUGAGCCUCAACCACGUCGGCCGAAUGUUUCAGCAAUGGCGUGGGCUUGUUCACAAUGCACAAGGCAAAAAAGAGCUUGACGAUCGAUGCAUAUCCCGACGCCUUUGCCAAGCGGUGCAGUGCUGGCAUCGGCGUGCAGGGUUGUUGCGAAGGGUGCGCCACACCUUGCCACGGGCCCUUGGGUGCAGCCAGCGUCACACAUUUCUUCGAAGCUGGCGCCGAUGGUGCACCUACACGCACAUGGCUCAGCGAACGAGGCAGCAGUGCGACUUGGCCGAGGUGGCGUGGACCCGUCGCACGGUUCGCAACGCAUGGCAAGCGUGGACUCGAUACAGUCGAGCCACCGUAGCCAUCCGUUUGAAAUCCCAUCAGUGCCAAGCGGCUCGGGCGCGGCGGCAGUUGCAUGUGGCCGUCACGACUUUGCACACAACCGCAACGUUCCAGCGACAGCUGCGCCAAUGGACCACGCUUCGAAGCUGCCACUUCUUUACGUCCGUGGCUGCGAGGGUGUUGGAGCGGUGGCAGCAGCACACGCGGACGCAAUCCGGUCGGCGGCGGGCGAGGACGGCUCAAGUCGCGCACAUGCAGCGACGUUGGCAACACGCCGCUGUGCAACAUUGGCACAACGCGACCAAAUCGAAGCGCCUUUGGACAGCCAAACUCGGCCAGGCCAAGCGCUGGUUUCACGCGUCGACGGUGCAUGUGGCGUGGACGACGUGGAAAGUGCAAAUUGCACUUGUUCGCCGACAGAAGCACUCGAUGCGAGGCAUCGUCCAGCGGUGGCAUCAGCUGGACCUCGCCGGUCGGAUGCUCCGGUGGCGCGCCUACGCAGAUCACCGCCUCCACCGCUCCCAUCAAACUGCCGCCGCCGCCACGGCAUUCCAACGGGCACUCUGCCGUCGAGCGCUGACGCAGUGGCAGCAGCGCCGAAUCGCCCAACUCGCCCUCAAGCGCAGGCUGCAGGACCUGCUUGGCACGCGACGACUCGCGCAGCUCCAGCAUUGCACUGCCACGUGGCGGUCGUUCGUACACUCGAAACAAAUGUUGGUGGCCAAGUUGCACGAGUUCAUGGCCACAUCAAGCGCAACCUUGAUGUCCACGCGGUUUGCGUUGUGGUCGCGGCAUGCGUGGCUAGCGCCGCAGCUGCGCGCGUUUCGAUAUCAUCGACACAUUCGCAUUUGCCACCUAGUACUGCGCGAGUGGAGGCAACGGGUGGACCUCCGCCAUCGCUUCUCCGCCGUGGUGGCGCUAUUGGAAGGACGGUCGAUGUCGAGCCUUUUUUCCACGUGGCGGGCCUCCGUGUUCCUCGCCAGUCAGCGCCGCGUCAUGGCGCUAGAGAUCGCACACGCCACAACCACCAGGCGCCACUUGCAACUGGUUUGGCGGCGGUGGCGGCAAUGGCAACACAGUCGGCCCCUGCUUCGUCGGGUGGCCGCUCUUUGGCCACGAUCCCAGCAGUACCAAGCCAUCCACACGUGGCAGCAUGCCCUGCACCCCCUGGUCGCCCUCGAGAGUCAGUUGACCCUCGCGUCCGCGCACCGCCGGGGCUUGUGGAUAUGGAAGCAGUGGCGAAUCUUGCAUUUACGGCGAUGCCGACAGGCCACGACACAAGCAGCGGUCGACGCUUUCGUGGACCUGCUCGACCAAUCGGACAACGCCACGACGGUGGUGUGCACGGCGGCGAUCCAUCGAUGGCAGUGCGUUGCGGCGCUGCGUGGGUUUGAGCGAUGGCGAGAGAUGGCGUCAGCCCAACGACUGGACCGGACGAACUCGAUCCGAGCGUUGCAGCAUUGGCUCGUCCGUCAACUGAGUCGUCGGUUCGACCUGUGGCGAGAGAUGGUACACCUCCAACGACGUCACAGAGCGGCCAUCGCGCACUGUCACACACACCGAAAGGCCUUGGUCUUGGCGCAAUGGGCGCAGUUUACACAAGACAUCCACGUACAAAGGGAGCUGAAGCACGUGGCUACUCACCACUGGACUGCUGCGAGCCGACACCGCGCCUUGACCGCAUGGGUGCAGUUUAAACACGAGGCGGGGCGUCUCCAGCAGACCGCACGGACGAUCCGUGCUGGCGCGGUCCGUCGGUGCCGACGGCUGAGAUGGACAGUGUGGACGGCGUACGUGGCCCAUAGACGGAGCCGGCGGCACCUCGCGCACCUCUUGCGCGCGUUCCGGUGCCAAGUGGUGCUGAAAGCGGCCUUACGAAGCUGGAGGUACAUCACAAGGACCCUCGUGGACACGCGUACGGCGCUGCAGGCCACGGUGCUGCGGUUGGAAGUGCUGGUUCAACUCCCGUGCCUUCGAGCAUGGAGGGAGUGGACUCUGAAACGACAGCGCCGCCGCCACAUGAUUCAGACCCUAGAGCGUGGACGGCGGUGGUCGAUGCUGCAUGUGCAAUUUUAUCGGUGGCUCACAGCCAUCCGUUAUCGACAGUCCCGUCGUCAUCGCAUACAUCGCCAUCACAUGCAUCGAGGCGUGGCGGCCCUCGUGUACCGCCGUCAGACCCGGAUGGACCUUCGCGUGUUGGUGACGAAAGCGAGGACUUAUGCAGAGAUGAAGCAAGAGCGGCGGCGGUGGACGUUGUUUUGCAUGUGGCACCUCUGGGCUAGGCGCCAGAGAGAACUGCGACUUGCGACGGCCUUUGCCGCGCACUGUCACAUCCAGCGAUGGCGGCGGUGGGCGGUCCGCACCCACUCCCUUCGCUCGACAACCCACCACAUUAUGCAGCGGUGGGCCACGCACACCAUUCGCUGCGUAUUUGACACCCUAUCGCGCCACGUCAUGCAAAGCAAACUGGCUGCGAUGGCCACAACAAAAUCGCAUCGAAACUUGGUCCACAAGGCCUUCGUCGGUUGGGCGGGCUAUCGGCACACAAGGCAGACAAGGCAGGUCAGGUGCACCUCGUUGCUGCGCAACUACUGGACAAACGCACUAGCCACAAGGUGGCGUCGGUGGCGAGACCUCGUGCGAAAGCGCCGCCGCGUACGAGCGACGAAUUUGCCUCGCGCCGUACCGACGGAAUGCUGGCGAGAAUGGCGCGUGAGGUUCAAAGUGGCCACUGCCGGUCGCGUUGCGCUGUGUCGUCGGAAGUGGGUUACGUGGCAACUUGCGGUGCGGGCGCGGCAACGAAAGCUGAAUUGCACUGAUGUGGCCGAGCAACGCUCAAAGCAACGAGCUGUGCAGCGGUGGCGGUGCUUCCAGCGCGAGAAAACGACGCUGGCACUGCGCCACAAUCGAGCGCUGGUGUUGCUCACAGGGCGAACGGCGGCGCGGUUCCUUAUCUUGUGGAAGCAGUUUGCAGCGCGCCAACAUCUUUGCCGCCAGCAACUGACUGCCUUGUCGGAUCGUAGUGCCCGUCGACAAUAUUUGGCGGUCGCGAUGGCGUGGAUAGCCCAUUUCCGAAUCGACCAACGCCGCAAGCAACGCAUAGCUUUGGGCGUCGCCCGGACGCAGCAACGACGGCAGCAACGCGCAGUUGUUGCGUGGGUUCAGUUUGUAUCCCACCAGCACCACCACGCCCUGCAAGACGAUUUGGCGUGGCAGUUCCGCGCGCAAGCCGUGGUGUUGCGGUGCUUUCAGCGCUGGAUUCGACUCGUGUUGGACCAGCAGGUUCGGCGCGCCAAGUGCGCGCGCGUGGGCCACGUGAUUAUGGGCCACGUUGUCCAGCGACUGUUUAUGACGUGGCAGCACUACAGCCAAGCGAAGCAACUCACCGCGAAACGACACGAUCUGGCAGUUCGUGUGUUUGAAGCCAACUCGUGUCGGUGGGUGUGGACGGCGUGGACGAAACGGAUGGCGGCGGCGCGGUGGCGAGCGCGCGCGACGAAAAUGGCCACUCAACACAUCACAACCGCACACUGGCGUCAAUGGAAGCACCACCACGUGACCGUCCAGGUGCUGAAAAGGCUGGGUGCUAUCACGCGCAGCCUGUUGGCCCAGUGUCUCGCUGGUUGGUCCACCGUCACUGCCACGGCAAGGUCCCAUCGGGCGAUCUUAUCCACCAUCCAAUGCCAACGGGGAGGUCGUUCUCGCGCCAGUGUCUUUAACGCGUGGAAGCAGCAAGCGUGGUUACGAGCCACGAAAUUGCACCUAACUUCUCGUUGGUACGCCAAAUUAGCUGUACAAGUAUGGGCUGCUUGGCGCCAGUACAUGCAACGAGGAGCCGCCGCCGCUGCUUUAACCGACCGACGGACGCGUUUUCUCGAGACUGUGCGGCGCGACCGCUGGCGGUGGUGGCGGCACCUGUUUGUAGCUACCCGUCACUGCCGCUUGCAUAAGUUGGAGGUCGUUUUACGCGGAUGGCGGGUCGCUGGGGCAGCUCGUCGUCGCGCGGUUCAGAUUGUUGCCACCACCCGAUCGGCACGGACGCAGGGACAGGCUCGGUCGGUGCUCAUGACGUGGCACGUCCACGUGACAGCAGUGAAAGCCACGCAGCGGUACUUGAUUUGGUCGCACCGACGCGAUCAAUGGAUCAAUCGGAUGGACCGCGUGCGCUGCAAACGGAUGGUCCACACGCACUGGUACGUGUGGGUUCACUAUGCAGCGAUCCGCACCGUCCAAACACGUCAAUGGCGGGCGGCUCAAACAGCACGGAUCAGCCGGCGUAUGUGGAAUGGAUGGCUGACAUUCAAAGUUUCUCAGCAAGUGCUCCGUCGAGCGCAGCAACGUCGAACAGCAAUCGGCCUGUCGGAUGCCGUCAGCCAAUGGUUCAUAUGGACGCAGCUCCACUUCGUCGCUCGAACCCAAUGGCUUCAAGCGGCAGCGAACGCUCGUCAUCGCAAUCUACGGCGGCGGUGGCAUGUGUGGCGCACCAAGGUGGCCAUAUCCAUCCAAGUCGGAGCCGUAGCCACCACCCGUCACAUGCGACAACGUCGACAACUCUGGCACGAGUGGCAGGUCCAGGUCCACGUCGCACGGCAAACUCGCCAAGCCGUCGCGUACGCCAGGGUGCGCGAAAUUGGACGCCGGCUACAUCAAUGGCUGGCAUUCGUUCGAUUCGGUAGGUGUUUUCGUAGGUUGCAUUGCCGCGCGGGGACUCGUCGCCUUCGACGCUUUGUCAGGCUGUGGGUGGCUUAUGGAGACGCCCGAGCGGCGUCCCGUCGUCACUUCGAGGAAGGUCAAAGGAACCUCAACACGUGGAAGAAACGUGCGGCUGUGAGCGCUUGGAAGCGCCGAUGGCUGCGAACCGUGCAUUUGCAAUCAGCCAAGAGGUUUCGCCAAAGUCAGUUGUGGCAACAGUGGCGGUCACGUGUGUUGAUGAAUUACGCCGAUCGAUUCUUUGCCAAGUCGACGGUGCAGCGAUGCUGGACAUCGUGGCGGCAGCUGGCAGACGGAACCAAACGAUGUCGCGCCUUUCGUCGGGGAUGGCGGCGUCGGCACCUCCACGACGUGUUGAGGGCGUGGCUCGGGAUGGCCAAGACUCGACAUAUUCAAGCGCAGGCUGCAGAGUAUGCAACACUCAAAGCAAAAACGAGGGUGCUCGUGGCGUGGCAGCGUGCGGUGGCAGUACAGAAAAUGCAUGCAGAAGCGAUGGCGGAGACCGCGGCGCGAAGGGGACGCGAAUGGAACCUGCGCACAAGGUGGCGGCAAUGGAAUGAGGUGCGGCACCGAGCAAAGCAGCGGUGGACCAGGCUUCGAAAGCAGUUGAAACGAUGGAGUUCCGACAAGCAAGUCAAGGAGUUGCGACGUCUAUGGCAUGCAUGGACCGACGUUACGACACGGCGGCAAAAGCUGCGCGAAUUCCUGGACCGCCGCCAAGGCUCCGACAUGACGCGGGCGUGGACGGCAUGGGGGCAGUGGCGCCACAGACAGCAGUUCCAACGGCUCGACAAGCGCCGGGCCGAUGGUCAUUUCGGCGAGUGCAUCCAGAGAAAAGUGUUGUUUCAUUGGCAUGUGUAUGCGGCAGCAUGCAACCACCGCCGCCCUGGUUGAUCCUCAACAUAGACCUUGAACCUUUUGACAUAAAUCCAACAGUGUUUUUCUAAACCACGUCAAAAGAAUACAUUUUAAAUGCA